UGCGGCCGGCAUGGGGCGAAGCGCGCUGUGCGCGAGCCUGGCGCUCCUCCUGGUCGUCCUGCCCGCUGACGCUUCUGCCCCCGGAGAGCCCCACUACAUGGUGCUGGUCCCCUCACUGCUCCAUGCAGAGACCCCUGAGAAGAGCUGCCUCCUUCUGAGUCACUUGAAUGAGACGGUGACUGUGAGUGUUUCUUUGGAGUCUCUCAGAGGAAAUAGGACCCUCCUCACAGACCUGGUGGCUGAGAAGGACUUAUUUCACUGUGUCUCUUUCACUGCCCCACAGACUUUAUCCAGGGAAGUGAUGUUCCUCACCGUCCAAGUGAAAGGACCAACUCAAGAGUUCAGGAAGCAGAUCAUAGUGCUGAUUCAGAACAGACAGAGCCUGGUCUUUGUCCAGACAGACAAACCCAUCUACAAGCCAGCGCAGACAGUGAAAUUUCGUGUUGUCUCAUUGGAUGAAAAUUUUCACCCCCUUAAUGAAUUGAUUCCACUAGUGUACAUUGAGGACCCCAAAGGAAAUCGUGUUGCACAAUGGCAGAAUCUCAAGUUAGAGAGUGGCCUCAGGCAACUGUCCUUUCCCCUCUCAUCAGAGCCUCUUCAGGGCGUUUAUAACGUGAUGAUACAGAUGGAAUCAGGUGGAACCACACAGCACUCCUUCACAGUGGAAGAAUUUGUGCUCCCCAAGUUUGAAGUGCAAGUAACAGUGCCAAAAAUAAUUACAAUCUUGGAAGAAGAAGUGAAUGUGUCCGUGUGUGGCAUAUAUACAUAUGGGAAGCCAGUCCCAGGAUGGGUGACUGUGAGCGUUUGCAGAAAGUACAGUAACCCUUCUGACUGCUUUGGUGAAGAGUCCCAGGCUUUCUGUGAGAAAGUCAGCCAUCAGCUCGACAGCCAUGGCUGCUUCUCUCAGCAAAUAAAAACCAAAGCCUUUCACCUGAAGAGGCAAGAGUAUGAGAUGCAGCUUAAAGUGGAAGCCAAGAUCCAAGAAGAAGGAACAGAUGUGAAAGGAACUGGAAGUGGGUCCAUUGAGAUCACAAGAACCAUAACCAAGCUCUCAUUUGUGAAGACAGACUCACAUUUUAGACAAGGGAUCCCUUUCUUUGGGCAGGUGCUCUUAGUGGACGGGAAAGGUGUCCCCAUGCCAAAUGAACUAAUCUCCAUCAAAGCAAAUGAUGCCAACUAUUCCUCAAAUGCUACAACUGAUGAACAUGGCUUGGUGAAGUUCUCCAUCAACACCACCAAUGUCUUGGGCACCUCCCUUACUGUAAUGGCUAAAUACAAAGACGACAGGCCCUGCUAUGGAUACAGAUGGAUAAUGGCAGAUCAUGAAGAGGCGCAGCACACUGCUAAGGCAGUAUUCUCCCCAAGCAAGAGCUUCGUGCGCCUCAUGCCCGUGCCUGGCCAACUGCCCUGUGGUGAAACCCUGACAGUCCAGGCACAUUAUAUUCUAAAUGGACAGCUCCUGCAUGAGCAGAAGGAGCUCAUCUUCUAUUAUCUGAUAAUGGCAAAAGGAGGCAUUGUGCGAACUGGGACUCACCUGCUGCCUAUGGAGCUAGGAGACAUGAAAGGCCAUUUCUCCUUCCUGGUCCCUGUGGAAUCAGACUUGGCUCCAGUGGCUCGAUUACUCAUCUACACCAUUUUACCUAGUGGGGAAAUGGUUGGGGAUUCUGCAAGAUAUGAGGUUAAAAAUUGUCUGGCAAAUAAGGUGGACUUGAGCUUCAGCCCCUCACAAGGUCUUCCUGCCUCUCACGCCCACCUGCGAGUCACAGCUUCUCCUCAGUCCCUCUGUGCUCUGCGGGCCGUGGACCAGAGUGUGCUGCUUAUGAAGCCCGAAGCUGAGCUCUCCAUGUCCUCGGUUUACAAUCUGCUACCUGUAAAAGACCUGACUGGCUUCCCAGAGCUUUUGAAUCGGCAAGAAGAUGACAUGGGAGACUGUAUCAAUCUCCAAAAUGUCUACAUUAAUGGGAUCCUGUAUUCUCCUGUACACAAUACAAAUGAAGCAGACAUGUAUCAAUUCCUAGUGGAUAUGGGCUUAAAGGUAUUAACCAACUCAGAGAUUCAUAAACCUAAAUUAUGUGCACAGCCUAUUGUGUAUGAAAUGGCUUCUGCAGGAUAUGCAGAACCAAGUGCACUUCUUCGCAGAGGUCCAGUCCCCUUAAGGUUUGCACAAAGGUCAGGUCCUCCCAAGGAGACUACACGAAAGUACUUCCCUGAGACAUGGAUCUGGGACUUGGUGGUAGUGGAUUCAUCCGGAGUGGCUGAAGUGGGAGUGACGGUCCCUGAUACCAUUACUCAGUGGAAGGCUGAGGCAUUCUGCCUAUCCAAUGACACUGGACUUGGCCUCUCUCCUGUGGCUUCUCUCCGAGCCUUCCAGCCCUUCUUUGUGGAGCUCACAAUGCCCUACUCUGUAAUUCGUGGAGAGGCCUUCACACUCAAGGCCACUGUACUGAACUACCUUCCCACAUGCAUCCGGGUUGCUGUGAAUCUCGCUGCCUCUCCCAAAUUCCUUUCCAUUCCAGUGGAAGAGGAAAAACCAUCUCAUUGCGUCUGUGGUAACAGGCGCCACACUGUGACCUGGUCAGUGACCCCAAAGGCCUUAGGAACUGUGAAUUUCACUGUGAGUGCAGAGGCACUGGAGUCACAAGAGCCAUGUGAUAAUGAAGUCCCUGGAGUCCCUGAACAUGGAAGGAAAGAUACAGUCAUUAAGCCGCUUUUGGUUGACCCUGAAGGACUAGAGAAAGAAACAACAUUCAACUCCUUGCUUUGCCCAUCAGGGGCUGAAGUAUCUGAACAAAUAUCCCUGAAGCUGCCAACAAAUGUGGUAGAGGAGUCUGGCCGAGCUUCUGUCUCAGUUUUGGGAGACAUACUGGGCUCUGCCAUGCAAAACAUACAAAAUCUCCUCCAGAUGCCUUAUGGCUGUGGAGAACAGAAUAUGGUUCUGUUUGCUCCUAAUAUCUAUGUUCUGGAUUAUCUGAAUGAAACACUACAGCUGACUCAGGAGAUAAAAUCCAAGGCGAUUGGCUAUCUCAGCACAGGUUACCAAAGACAGUUAAACUAUAAGCACCAGGAUGGCUCCUACAGCACCUUUGGGGAAAAACAUGGAAGGAACCAGGGCAAUACGUGGCUCACAGCCUUCGUUCUGAAGACUUUUGCUCAGGCGCGAAAACACAUCUUCAUCGAGGAGGCACACAUUACCCAAGCCCUUCUUUGGCUCUCCCAGAAGCAGAAGGACAACGGCUGUUUCAAGAGCUCCGGGUCUCUGAUCAACAAUGCUAUAAAGGGGGGAGUGGAAGAUGAAGCGACCCUCUCUGCCUACAUCACCAUUGCUCUUCUGGAGAUUCCGCUCCCAGUCACUCAUCCUGUUAUCCGCAAUGCCCUCUUUUGCCUGGAGUCAGCCUGGAAGUCAGCAAAGGAAGGAUCCCAUGGUAGCCACGUCUACACUAAGGCACUGUUGGCCUAUGCAUUUGCCCUGGCAGGUAACCAGGACAAGAGAAAGGAGAUACUGCAAUCACUGGAUAAGGAAGCUGUGGAAGAAGAUAAUUCUGUCCACUGGACAAGGCCUCAGAAACACAGGGCACCAGUGGGUCCUUGGCACCAACCACAGGCUCCCUCUGCUGAGGUGGAGAUGGCCGCCUACGUGCUCCUCGCCCGCCUCACUGCCCAGCCAGCGCCAACUCCUGAGGAUCUGACUUCGGCUGCACGCAUUGUGCAGUGGCUCACAAAGCAGCAGAACUCCCGUGGCGGCUUCUCCUCCACCCAGGACACAGUGGUAGCUCUCCAUGCUCUGUCCAGAUAUGGGGCACAUACAUUUACUAAAACUGGGAAAGCUGCACAGGUCACCAUCCAUGCUUCAGAUACAUUGUUCACAAAAUUCCAAGUGGACAACAACAACCGGCUGUUACUACAGCAGGUUUCAUUGCCAACCGUGCCUGGAGAAUAUAGAGCAGGAGUCACAGGAGAAGGAUGUGUCUACGUCCAGACAUCCUUGAAAUACAAUAUUCUCCCAGAAAAGGGAGUGUUCCCAUUUGCGUUAGAGGUGCACACUCUACCCCAAACUUGUGAUGGACUCAAAGCUCAUACCAGCUUCCAGGUCUCACUUAAUGUCAGUUACACUGGGAGCCGUCCUACCUCCAACAUGGUUAUUGCUGAUGUGAAAAUGGUGUCUGGCUUUAUCCCCUUGAAACCAACAGUGAAGAUGCUUGAACAAUCUAACCAUGUGAGCCGUACUGAAAUCAGCAACAACCAUGUCUUGAUUUACCUGGAUAAGGUGUCAAACCAGACAGUGAGCUUGUCCUUUACGGUUCUGCAAGACAUUCCAGUGAGAGGCCUGAAGCCAGCCGUGGUGAAAGUCUAUGAUUACUACGAAACAGAUGAGUUUGCGGUUGCUGAGUACAGUGCUCCUUGCAGCAAGGAUCAUGGAAAUGCUUGAGGACUGCAUGAAGGGAAACUGCUUUGUUGGAGUCCUGUUUCUCAGAACUUCACAAGAAAAAUAGUGCUUGUAUUUUCAAAGACUUGAUAAACCAUUUUUCUUAACAAUC